AUGGAAAUUGAUAGAUUGUCAGUUGCCCUCCGCUCAACAAACUGGCAAUUAUCUCCUAAACUAGAAAAGAAUGUUUACGAGUUCUGCGACUGUAUUGACAUUGAGCUUCAUUGGAGCAAAAAUCGAUUCUCUUCCAAUCCUGAGGCCAUUUUUAUACAACGAACACAAAUUCCAAGCAUGGAAAAGGCUCUAGAAUAUCUCAAUCACGUUUUACACCAAGCUCGCUGCAUCCGCCGUAUCAACUUCAAUGUUCAGGUGUCAACAACGGGACUGGUAGAAUCACUUCUUGCACCACUUAUUGGCCACGGUAAUUCCUUUAUUUUAAAUACAAUAAACGAAAAUAUAAUUUUAGAAAAAGUUUGUCUCGAAGAGUUGUUUGUACGCAGACGCUAUAUAGGACAACACUUCCUUAAACUGGCUAAACUAAUUACGGCUAAUGCGAAGACUUUGCGCGUUAUAGGCAAAAUUGGGCUUACUGAAGCUAUUGAAGGUUUUAAUGAACACAUUGCGCUAAAACGUCUUUCCCUCAUCAACUUUGAUUUAGUCGACAAAGAGCACUCAGAAUUAGACAAUGCAGAUUUGGCUUUAACAUCCAGAUUUUAUAUUCGCAGACUAGCUGGCUUGGGAGCUUGUUUUGACCAUUUAUCAUAUACUUGCUACACCGGAUUUGAAAUAACUCGAAUGCCUGUGUUAUUUAUGCUUCGUGUAUGCAAGGUAAAAUCCCUACGCCUGACAAUGCAAUGUGGAACAGCCAUUUUAGACCCGCCUACCCCACGUGUUCUCCUUCCAGAAUUAAAAAUAUUGGAAUUAGUUGGAAGUAUGGAAGUUCGCUCAGACUUUCUAUCCCGUUUAUUUCCCUCUUUGGAACGUUUUGAUUUUCAAAAACAAGACCUUAUAACUGGUCUAGUUCAGCGCGCACGUGUUCUUUCAAACUUUGAUUUUGUGAUUGAACCAAAUAUUAAUCCAAUUGCCGCUGCUUGCUAGAAAGGAUUUUAGAGGAUUUUUUAAAUUUUAUUUUUAAUUUCAUUUUUUUGUACAAUAUAAUUUAAAUAAAAGUGAAAAUGAAGAGCUUAAAAAUAUUAAAGAAAUAAAUUUGUAGAUUUUAGUGAAAUAAGUUAAAUAAUAGGCAAGGUCCGGAAAUUCUAAUCUCAUGGACAUGUGCAGAAGUGGGUCG